AUGAUCGUUGGAGAUACUGGUGAUGAUGAUGAUCUUGGCGGAUUCACUUAUAGUCCAUUUCAGAUCAGGACUGAAAGUGAAUAUGAAGCCUCAGUUUCAAAAGGGAAGCUUAAAUCCAUUCAUGAGAAACUUGACCAACUGUUGCUAGCCUCCAAGGCUUCCUCCACUGAAGCCUAUUCAAAAGCAACUGUUGAGUUAUUAACCACCUACAACAACAAUAUUUCCUCUAUGAAUGAAGCUCUUCAGAACUUGGGAGCAAUGUUAAAAACUGAGAAGAUCAACUUAGAGAAGAUUCGCACUGGAUUGCAGCAAGACCAUUCAUUGUUCCAAACAUCCCUCACUUCACAAAUUACAAAGCUUCAAGAUGAUUUGGCGAUGGAAAAUAAAGUCAUGGAUGCCCUAGCGAAAAAGACAGAGAAGAAAGAACCUAAGGGCACGGAAAAGUUGAUCGAAGACGAGCCCAUAAUCGAUGACGAUGAAGACAAAGAGCAUGAUGAAGCUGAACUUAAAAGGCGGAAGGCUCGUGAUGCUGAAUUGAACGAAACUCAACGAAUCAUGAAGGAGGCUGAAGAGAAGGAAAAGGUAGAAAAAGAAGCUCAUGCCACUCUCAAGAGCAAAAUGUUUUGUGCUUUAGUGAAAGUUGUGAAUGUUCCUUUCACAGACAGUAAUGUCGAUCAACUGUUGUUCUCCUUUUACUUAAAGCAUAUGAAGCCCCAGUACAAAACUUGGAGCGCACACAAGAUAGUUGCUGUGAAGGUCACUAGGCUGAUUGAGACUGAAAGCUUCCCCAAUUCAUGGUUUAAAGUAGUGAGAGGAUCAUCUUGUCAAGCCUACGAAUUCAACCUCGCAAACUUGCCCUCCUUGAAUCCUAAUUAUUGGAUCAUACUUUACAACAUGUUACUGAGAGUGAAAGAGAAGUACGGGCAUGUAAUGUUCCAUAUCCAACUUAUGAUCAAGUCUUGUAUUCAAGAGGUUGGAUCGAUGGAUGUGGAUAUUGCCACUGUUUUGAAGAAGAAGACGAUUGCGGUUCCUAAGGAAGCACCAAAAGACUUCAGAAAAUUAAGUCAGGGAAGAUAUACAAGGAAGGAUUCUUCGUAG